AAAUGCCGCAUUACAAAAGUGCAACGCUGUAAAUCAAUGGAGUUUUAUCUGUGCGUCUCGUGCAAUGUAUGAAUUUUUGGUUUCUAAAUCAAUGAAUUCAUUUACUACGACACAACUGUAAUCAUCCAGAUUAUCUGCUGUUAUCCUACACACUGUAUCAUCAAACAGUGACUUUCCAACCACCGGAAACUAUCAAGAAGUAAACAUGCGCCGGAAAAGUACAAGGGCCGCGGCAAAAGCCUCACCGGAAAAGCCGAAGGAAGAGAAAUCACCGAAGAAGACGCGCCGUCAUUCAAAGCGCCACAAACCAACCAGCUCCGAGUCUGAAUCUGAAGAUGAAGUGCUGGCCGCGGGCAUCGACACCACCGCUGCGACCGGCGGAGAAUUAUGGACCGUCACGCAGACCGAACAAUCUAAUAAUGACAUCGGCAAGAUUAAGAUUUGCCUGGCGCGGCCAAGUCCAGCGACACCAGAACGCACCGAACGCGCCAGCAAACGGCUGCGUAAUAAACCGGUGGUAAACAUGGAGGAUUCACCGCCACCAGAGGAGAAGCCAACGCGGCGCACCCGCCGAAGUCGCGGUGGUUCCUCGCCAGUCAAGAAAGAAGAACUAGAACAACCACAACAACAACAACCGCCUGACGCGUGCGAUGAGAAGAAGGGUAAAGGUAAGUCUAAAGGUAAACAUAAGUCAAAGAUUGUUGAACAGGCGGCGCACGCUGUUGAUCCUGAACGAACUGAAAUGCAAAGUGAACUUUCUGAAAAUGUACAGGUGACGGCUCAGUCACCCCAAAACGUUGAUAUAUCUGAUGCGGAAAUUGUUGAUCGCGAUUUGAACCGGUGUGAGGACGAGCGCUCGGUUGAUACUAACGAUGAUAUUGUUGAUGCCUCUAACAAUGAUUUGUCAAAUAACAAUGUUGCAAAUGAUCAUCAAAAUGAUGGCGAGCCUGAUGAGCAGAGCAAUGAUGCUGAACCAGGCAAUGGGUACAAUGGGGAGGAAUGCAACAAACCACUUGAAAUUGAAUUAACUUCUACAAAAACAGAAGAAGUGGCAGAGGUUGAAGCAAAAGAAGAAAUCAAAGAUGAACCACAACCAUCAGUCGAAGCUAAAGUGGAGAUUAAAGACGAAACAACUUCAACAACUGAAAUAAAAGAUGAAAAUAUUGCUAAAGACGAAGCUGUUGAUUCGAAAGAUUUAGUUGAAUCAAAGGAUGUUGUCAAAACUGAAGCAGUCAAAGAAGAAAUUACACCUUUGCAACUUCAAGCACAAGAAGAAAUGAAAACUGAGGAUGCAGAUAUAAUAAUUGAUUUGAAAUGUAAACCGGAAGUUUCCAAAAUGGAUACUUCUGAAAUCAUAGAAACAGAACAUGAUACAAAGAUUGAAGAAGCUGAAGUUGAAAAAAUAGAACCUGCUGAACCAGAAUCACCGGAAAAGGAAGAUGUUUCAAUUAAAAAGUCACCAGAACAUGAAACAAGUUAUCAAGAAGAAGAAACUUCAAUUAAAAAAUCCGAAGAACCUGUGGAAGAGGUUAAGCCAGCUGUAAUUGAAAAAGAAAAAACACCUGAGCCUGAACCACAACCAGAACCCACACCUACUCCCGAAAAACCAUCCCGAAGAAAGCGACGAUUCGAAAAAAGUCCGGAAGAAGAACCAGCCAUCAAAACAAAGCCCCAACAAGUGGGAAAAGAGAAAGAACCUCAAUAUGAACAAGAAGAAACUGUUGAGAUACAACUGGAAGCCUCAUCAUUAACACUAACACCCACACCAUCACCAUCCAAAGUAGAAGUUGAAGUUGAAGAAAAACUUACAACAACACAGCCAGAAACAGAGCCAGAACAACCACAAGAAGAAGAUAAAACAAAAGAAAAAGAAGAUACACAAAAAGAAGAAAUUAAAAAACCUAAAUCUAAAGUAAUCUGGGAGGAAACAACGCUUCCGAAUAUUUUACUAGUCACCGCAAGUAAAUUAUUGGAAAUCUAUCCAACUUUAACACUCGUUGAUGAAAGCAGCGUAAAAUUAGAAUCUACGCCGCGUGAACGUAGACAACAUGAACCAAAACCCAAACCAUCGUUGUUAGAACGACGUGUUUCUAAGGAAGAAAAAUCUGCAGCUGUUAAAUUGGAGCGAGAGGAUUCGACGACGUCGAUAAGCACUGAAGCGAGUUCGAUUGCGUUGAAUCGCAAGAUUUCCAUCGUUGAAGAUGAAGCUAGUUCGUUGAAACCACCGCCGAGUCCACCAAAACACGAACGGUCGAGUGUAUUGUUUAUUACUAAUCUUGUAAGGCCGUUUACCGUGAAACAACUGCGUGGUUUACUGGAACGGACGGGGAAAAUAGUCGAGGGAGGGUUCUGGACGGAUAGGAUUAAAUCCAAGUGUUAUGUUCAGUAUGAAACAGAAGAGGAGGCUGAGGGAACAAGAAACGCAAUUCAUGGUGUGCUGUGGCCAAUUGGCAAUGGUAAGAAGUUGAUAAUUGAUUUUGCUACCAUCGAAGACUUGGAAACAGCGAAAAAUCCACCUGUGAUUGCGCCUGCGCCAGUUGCUGUCACAAAAUCAGAACCAGAGAAAGAAAAUGGUCCACCUCCAAAUAAACCCUCCAAUAUGGAUACCAGUGAAGAAAAAGUAGAAGUACCACCGCAAUGGGACGAAAAAGAAACCAUACCUCGUGGGCGAUCGGCUAGUGUCGAUAAUAAACGCCGACAUUCGCCAUCGCGACGAUCGCGGACACCUACCGAAGUAUCUAAGAAGAAACGACGUGAGGAACCAACGCAACAACGCGCCAUGGAUGACUUGUUCCGCAAAACUGAAGCGAUGCCAAGUAUUUACUGGCUGGCCCUUCAGCCUGAAGAAAUUGCACUAAAACAACAACAGCGACUAGAACGAAUGGAGGCGCAUAAGCGUAAAAUGGACGCCCAAUCGCGCCCACGUCGUAAUAACGAUCGUCAGCGUGGCGGUGGUGGCGGCGGCGGCGGAGGUGGAGGACCAUACAGACGCAGAUUUACUAGUGUUACCGAGAGUGUUUGUACCUUCCACCGGCAAUUCCGUAAAUAUGUGCGCCCCAAGCCGGUGCCCCCGACGCCCACAAACGUUGCUGCUCCAUUCAUCCGCCCAGAACGCGCCCGCACAAUGUCUAAGCAAGUGAAGCGCAAAAUAACAGUGAAUCUCUCGCCCAAGCAGCAGAAGACGCGCCCCAGUGUCUUCGAACGUCUCGGCACCAAAGCCGGCUCCACACCGAAAGACCUCUGCCCCAAUUGGUCCGCAACCGGCACGUGCCCCUAUGGCAAGACGUGCAAGCAUUCCUCUCAACACACAUUAACCAGCCCCUCGAAACGCCUCGCCGCCGACGCGAAACGCAAACACGCAAAUGCACCACGCCAUCCAGCCGAUCCGCACUUCGACGCCGCCAAUCUGGACGAUGCCGAUCCGGACGACCUAGAGCAGCGCCGCUUGGAACUGAAACGCGAACUGGACAAGCAGAUGAAGAUGGAAAAAGCGCACAAGAAGCUGAAGAAAACCAAAAAGGAAAGCAGUCCCUCAUCGGAGAGCUCCAGCAGCUCAUCGGAGAGUAGCACCAGCAGCGAUGAAUCUUCCUCCAGCAGUUCAUCUUCAAUCGACGCGCGGCGGAAAAAAGUAAAAAAGGUUAAGAAACGCGAUAGUUCAAGCAGUUCUGAACGUGAGAACAAAAAACACAAACUCAAAACUCCAAAAAAGCCUAAAAUCCAAGGUAAGGUGGAAAAGACUAAUAAAAAACUUACAAAUAAAGUGAAACCACCCAAACCCCCAUCACCCACACCCUCAAAAUCCCGGAAAUUAUCCCAGACACCUCCACCGAAGAUAAAAACAUUAACACCGGUUAAAAAGAUAAAAUCCGAGUCGAAAUCACCACGUCCCCCGAGUAGAAGUAGUGAUAAAAAAGAUAAAACAGAAAGAAGAACUCCAUCUCCAAAGAAAACCGAAAAAGACAAAGAAAGGGAUCGAAAAGACCGUGAACGUGAAAAAGAAAAAGAAAAAGAACGUCUCCGGGAUAAAGACAAGAAAAAAGACAAAUCACCGAAGCGUGAAGCACGCCCAGCAGUAAAAGACACCAAGAAAAAGGGUUCUCCUGAUUCCUCACACUCCAGAGACCGCAAACCAUCGCCAUCCAGAUCAACAUCUCGUGCAAACCUGGCGGGGAAUCAACGUACACACAAGUCACCGCCGCGGCGGUACGAUAAACGCGCGGAUUCACGCAGUAAAGACCGCAGGAAGGCUUCCUCCAGAGAUAGAGAGCGAGAACGCGACAGGGAACGUGAAAGAAGAGUAGCUAGGGAAGAACGUGAAGCAGCCAGGGAAAAAGAACGAGAAGAAGCAUUGGCACGAUGUCAGGAAAGACAACGUGAACGUGAACGGUUGAAAAAAUUACAGGAGAAAGAAGAAGAAGCACGCAGAGCAAAAGAACGCGCACGGAGAGAAGACCGUGGACUUGAUAAACCCACAGGAGAUAGAGUAGAACGUCUAUUACCUCUUCCACAGGACCGUAUCCCGCCUGCGAGGAAGGAAUGUCUUGAAAAGGAACGCGCCAGGGAUAGAAUACGAAGAACACCGGAGAGUACCAGGUCUAGAUCGAGGAAAUCUCCAGAAAAACCUCUGCAUUAUGAUAGAGGACACGCGUAUGAUGCUGGUAGAGAUCAUGAAAGAGGUGAUUACCACCUGAGACUUAGAGAAGAACACCGGAGAGAUGAAAAAAGGUAUGAGCCGGGUUUUGAGCGUGGUAGAGAUGAUUUAAGAUAUAGAGAAUUGGAGCAUGCGCAUCAUCCACAUCCACAUCAUGGGUAUACCGAUGAGAGGAUAGCUGAAUAUCCGGAUGAAAGACGAAGGAGACCCGAGGUAUGGGAUGAAAGAGAAGAGUUGGAGCAUAGGAGAUAUAGAGAGGAGUCUAGACCGCCAGUACAAGGUGGGUUGAAGGGUAGAGAAUGGCCUGAGAAUGAGUAUGAACAUGAAUGGGAGCGAAGGAGGCAUUUGGAUUGGGAAGGGAGUAUGGGGAAUAGUAGAGAUGGUUGGGGAGAGGUUGCGGUGAGAGAAAGGGAUCCUGCUGCUGAGGAGGAAUGGAGGCAUUAUAAUAGGAGUAUGGAUAGUUGGACCACGGAUGAACGGAGGAGAUGGGAGAGUGAGAAUUGGAGGGAUAGGGAGAGGGAACCAAGGGAAGGAAGAGUUGAAAGGCCUGAGAGACCUGAAAGGUUGGAGAGGAUUGAUCGGGAUAGAGAUAGGGAUGGGAAUAGGGCGGUUUCUACUGCGAGGAGUACCACAUCACAGAGGGAGAGGACAGCGCCACCUGCCGAACCUAGAAAGGAUUUGAAAGCUGAUUUACCUGCGAGGAUUAGUCUGGAUAGAAAUGAUCGUCCAGAAAGGCAGGAGAGACUUGAACAACGCCCGGAACCAGUUCAAAGUAUUAUUGAACAACCGCCUGAACCUAAAGCAAGUCCAGAACCUGAAGUUGUUACAACUGUUGUUGCUGUUUCUUCUUCUGAUGGAAAUAAGAAAGAAGUUGUAAAGAGACCAGCGGAAAGCCCACCGGAGAAUGUUACUGAUGCUAAGAAGGCUUGUGUUGUUGAGGAACCACUGGCGGAUGAUCUGAGUGAAAUUAGUGAUGAUGCUGAUGAGAUUCUGAAUCGUGAUGAGGAGAUUAUGGAAGCUGUUGAAGAACCUGCACUCCCCGAAACUGAUGUUUCUUCAAAAAUAAACAAACCAGAAGAUACUCAUACUCAUUCCCAAGAAUCUACACAUUCAUCCACUGCGCAUCCAGUUUUACCUUCGCAUUCUCACUUACACAACCCGAAAUCUCCAGCUACGCCUUCAAUCUCCAAGGAUUCCAUCGAUGAAAACAUGGGAAUGGACUUUGAAGAGAUCUCCGAAGACGAAUUGGAAGAAACCGCCAGGAUGAAAGGAUUAGUUGAUGCUUUGGGUGUAGAUUGGGCUAGUCUUGUCGCCGAAUCAAAACCGCCACAUAAACAAAUCACUUCGGCGAAACGCCGCUGGGAGAGUCAUAAUGUUCUCAUCAAUGCAGGAAUAUCUGUUGAAUUAUUAGGUAAACAAUAUGCUAUGAAAAUAUUCCAGGAACAUGCUGAAGCACUGCUUAAACCUGCGAAUGAUGACGAAUCAACUGUAAACCCAACAACUGAAGAGGUUAAAGAAUCUUCUGAAAAUACAACGAUUAAAAAAGAAAAAGAAAAUGAAUCAAUUGAGGUUGAAACAAGUGAUGAAACACAAACUGCUCAAACAAACGGUGUUGCUGGUCAUGUUGAUGUGAAAAUCGAACCUGAAGAGCAAGUUAAUAGUUCAAUAGAUACAACUGCAACUGCCAGUGAUGAAAAAUCUGCAGAAUCUAAGCCUGUGGAGGUAAUCAUUCCGCAUCCUGUGGCCGCGCUGCAGGUGGUAAUGCGUGAGCGCGCCGCGCUUCGAAAAUCGCUUUUCACCAGCGCUGGUCCCUACAGUCGGGCGUUAUCAGCCCGUCGGGACUUGGCAAUUAGGCGUAAUUUAUGUAAAUUGCCCAUUAAGGAUACGUACGUUGAACCGGCGAAGAGUUAUGACGCGGAACUUUUCAAAUCCGCCUGUCAACUAUUCCUCCAGCGGUGUGCAUAGGGACAAAAGAGACAAAUUUCACUUUAUAAAGUGUGCGUUUAAAAUAUUAGGUUUACAGUGAUAAAUCUAAUUUUUAUAUUCAAGAAAAGUGUUUUUAUUGUACAAAAAUUCGAAUUCAUGUUUUAUUUUAGAGUGACGUUGCAAAAUACAGAAUAGGCAACUUAAUAUACACCAUUUUUGCUACAACUCUAA